GUUGGUAAUGCAUAAAAUCCUAGCUCAAUUAUUCAAGCAUCAGGAUCCUGUCGAGGACCAUAGUACCGGCAGCCACAAUUUCGUAACUCACAGCGACCCAGUAACCCCAAACGACAAAACCCAAGAAGCCACAGCAAAAACGAAUAAAAAGCGUACAAAAACCAAACUUACAAAUAUCGUUUCUCCUGGCGAACCCCCGUACCCUUGGUCUCUAGAAAAGUACUAUAAGGUCUCCAAGAAGAUACUCGGUCGGGGAUCGUUUGCCGUGGUCAGAGAGUGCACAGAUAAGAGGACCGGUGUCAACUAUGCACUAAAGAUCAUUAUGAAGAAGGCCAUUCGAGGCAAAGAACAGAUGAUAACCACCGAACUUGACGUUCUUAAGCAAGUCGAUCAUCAAAAUAUUGUCUCCUUACAUGAACUCAUCGAAACCAAAGAUGCCGUCUACAUCAUCACCGGUCUGGCUCUGGGCGGAGAGCUAUUUAGCCAGUUACUUCAGCGCGGUAGCUAUACCGAAAAAGAUGCCGCGAUCUUAAUCGAACAGAUCUUACGCGGAGUCGAAUACCUACAUGCACAUGAGAUCGUUCACCGUGACCUAAAACCCGAGAAUCUCUUGUUCAGCGAUAAAUCCCCAUUUCCAAGAUUGAUGAUUACUGACUUCGGUCUCUCGAAAAUCCUAAAGCAUCACGACGACAUUCUGAUGACGGCUUGUGGUACUCCUGGAUACGUCGCCCCCGAGGUGUUGAAGCAAACUGGCCAUGGAAAACCCGUGGACAUCUGGAGUAUUGGGGUGAUAAUGUACACCGUGCUGUGCGGCUACACUCCUUUCUGGGGCGAAGAUCAGAAUGCAUUGUUUGACUGCAUAAUUAAGGGCGUAUAUCAUUUCGAUGAUGCUUACUGGGAGGACAUAAGUGAUGAGGCCAAAGAAUUGAUAGAAAGGAUGUUGGAGUAUGACCCAGCUCAAAGGAUUACUGCUCACGAUGCGUUGGCACACAAAUGGUUCAAGUACGCCGCCGAGAUUCCUGAUGUGGAUUGGUCAUCGACCGCCUCCUCUCCAAUAUCACCACGAUUCCCCAUAUCUAACUCGAGAGCACGAAUCACCUUCAGGAAGGCUGUUAAUGUUAUACAGGGUGUGACGAGAAUGCAAAAGUUAAGUCAGAUUUCAACGACGGUGGCCGCGGUGGAAGAUCAAGGGGCCGGUGUAGGCGGUUACCUAACAAAUUCCUGGGAUGUCUACACCACGGGAAUGGUGAUGAACGAUGAUCACGGAGAAGGUACAAGCGGUUCAAAUGGUAGGACCAAUGAAAACACAAAUUUACAGACAUUAGGUUCAUCCGGCGUACUUGGUUUCAAAGCGGCCCUCGGGACACUCGACGAAAAUAGCCCCAUUGAUAGUUACGCGUAUAAUAGUGAGGGAGGUAUUUUCGAUGAUAACAUCGGUGCAGAGAAUUAUAUAAUGAACAUAAACAAUAACAGAUCGAGGGUAAAUGUGGGACGAGCGAUGACCAUAACUGAUUCGGUGUGGUCCAGUAGUAGCGAGAGUAGUGGUGGUGGUGAGCUUUCCUCGAGUACUUCCACGAUCCGAGGUGUGAAUUCCACCGCGACGAUAACGCCAACUGCCGCCUCAGUGAAACCGAGAUCCAUACCCACUUCAAUAACUACAUCGGUGGUGCAACCACAUUAUUUGACCUCUCAUAAUUUGUUAUCUUUAGAUUCUCCCACAACGAAUCUAGUUUAUUUCAUAUAG